GAAUACCGUUCUGAACCUUCUAGAGAAAAAAUAAAGAUUAUUGAUUUAGCAGAAGCUAAACGAAAAGAACUUAUAAAAACAGAAAAAUACUUUUCAGAUGCAGAGAAUUAUAAUCAUCAUCCAGAAUCAUUCUAUACAAGCCGUUCACUAAAUAAAUUAAUUCAGCAAUCUGAGUCAUUAAAUAUUUCAUCAACUCCUGUAUCAUUUGAAUAUGAACACACUGAUGAUGAUGACAGUGAUUAG